CCCCAGCUGAGCCUUGACCAUGACUGGCCGAAUUGAGAUUUACCUGGACAUUGUAUCCUUCUACAGCUAUGUAGCCUUCAAGCAGCUCCUCGACACUAGGUCGCUUUUGGAAGCUCACGGAGUACAAGUAGACAUCAAGCCUUUCUUUCUCGGCGGUAUUAUGGCUGCUUCAGGAAACAGACCACCAUGGACCGUACCAGCGAAAGCCAAGUACGGUAGCCUCGAUGCAGACCGCACCCAGCACGCCGUCGGUCUCCCAGACAUCUCUCCUCCUGAAGACCUGAUGGCGGUGUCUCGCACGAUGCUUCCGCUGAGGGCCCUGCACUAUAUCAAGGCAACGUAUUCGCUCGAGGCAUAUCUAACGACCUGGCAUUACUUCCUGCACCUGUUCUGGGGCCCGCCGAAACGCAACCUCUGCGAGGCCGCGGAGUUGGCCAAGGCGCUGGCCGAGGUACGGAGUGGUUUCGGUGGCGCAAGCGAGAAGCAAAGCUCGCAGCCACUGUUCUCGAAUCAUGAUGUUGAGAAUAUAUUAAAGGCAACAGGUGAAGCCAAGUGGAAGGCCGAGUUGAAGACCACGGUAGAAGAAGCUCUCGAGCGAGGCGCUUUUGGAGCGCCUUGGCUCUGGGUCACGAACGACCAAGGGAAGAGCGAGCCGUUCUUUGGGACUGAUCGAUGGCACUUUGUUUAUGAAUUUUUGGGGCUGCCAUAUCAGAAGUCCUACCUCCUCGGACCGGAUGGCAAGGCGAAGCUCUGAAUUUUUUUCGGUCUGACAGCUUUGUUUUAUCUGUGCAAUGCGCCCUCUGCAAACACGGUGAAGCGCUGAUUGAUGAUAAAAAAUCAGUGAUGAUAAAAAAUCAGAGAUGAUCAUAGUGUUUCUAUAAACUAUAAUGAUAGCACUGUUGAAUGUAGCUCUCGAAAGAUGUUACAAUAUGUCAGGAUACGAUGCCAAUUCCUUUGCUCCCACAAUCCUGGCCAGACAGUUCUUUCUGCCAGACGGAGCAAGUAUAUUGAUAGCGAUGCGCGUGACGAGAUUGUUACAUGGUUAUAUAAAUCUCAUGUUACGAAGCCCAGUGUGACCCGAAAGACGACCACCCGAGACUAUGCGAUGCAGAUCACCCGCGAAUGUACGUCAUACGCAGCCCCACCAGCCCCG